AGUUACUUUCUUUCACAUUUCUGGACUACAAUGACACAUUAAUUUUUCUAAAAAAUCAGCUAUUAAUUUGAAAAGAAAUAUCAAAAUGGUGUUUCAUUGUAGAUGCUUCUCUGUCUCAUUUGAAGAAAAUGAAGAUAUCGAAUAUGAAACAAGAACAACUCAUACAAAAUCAACUUCCACUCAAACGUUUUAUACGGCCUGUUCAGACUUCAAUAUGUCGUCCGUACCCAACGUUCAUGCAAAGACGUCACAAUUAUCAAAGUUGACUGAGGUCAAACAAAGCAAUCUGAGAGUUUUCACAGUGGCUGAGCUCAAAGCCGCGACUAAAGGCUUUUGCAGGGCUUGUAAGAUUGGUGAAGGUGGAUUUGGAAGCGUAUAUAAGGGAGUGAUCAAGAGUUUAGACCCUCCUUUUGAUGAUAUUCAUGUUGCUGUGAAGUAUGCCAGCGGAAUAUUGCAGGGGCACAAAGAGUGGGAAACAGAGGUGAACGUUCUUGGCGUGGUUGAGCAUUCAAACCUUGUCAAAUUAAUUGGUUACUGUGCUGAGGAAAAUUGUGAAGGAACACAACUUCUUUUAGUGUAUGAAUAUAUGCCAAACAGAAGUGUGAGAGAUCAUUUAUCUAUGAAGUCAGAAACGCCUCUCUCGUGGAAAAUGAGACUAAAAGUGGCUCAAGAUGCCGCUCGUGGCUUGACAUAUCUACAUGAAGAUAUGGACUUUCAGAUUAUUUUCAGAGAUUUCAAAUCGUCCAACAUUCUACUAGAUGAUCAAUGGAAUGCUAAGCUUUCAGAUUUUGGGUUGGCACGAUUAGGUCCACAAGAAGGGCUCACCCAUAUCUCAACUAAGUUUGUAGGAACCAUGGGAUAUGCAGCUCCAGAGUACCUUGCAAUUGGGCAUCUUACAUCCAAGAGUGAUGUAUGGAGCUAUGGGGUUUUUCUAUACGAACUUAUAACAGGCAGGCGGCCAGUGGAUAGAAACCGGCCUCUGAAUGAGCAGAAGCUUCUAGAAUGGGUGAAACCUUACCUGGAAUCUAAUAAUUUCCAGAGAAUCAUUGAUCCAAGACUCGAAGGUGCCUACUCACUAAAGUCAGCACAACGGUUGUUCUUUAUAGCCAACUGUUGCUUGUCUAGAGACCCAAAGUUAAGGCCAAAGAUGAGCGAAGUGUUAGAAAUGGUUAACCAACUCACUGUGGUUCUGUCACAAAAAACUAGUCGUGAGCCACGUCUCAAGAUUAUGGUCCCAGUGAUUGGUAUCAAGUGGAAGAAAGUAGUUAUGGGUAUCACCAUAGGUAAAAAGACUCGCAAGAACACCAAAAAUAAAGACGAAAAAGAGUCCAUUGAUAUUCAACUUAGAUCAUAUGCCCAUCUUCCUUGAAAACACACUAUAAAGCUCACGUGAUCUUGUUUUACAAAGGGUUUUGAUGUGUAUUGUAGCAACUAGCAAGUACCAGUUAGAUUCUUACCCCUGGCUAGCUAUAAACCAAUGUACAGAGCCACACAAGUGGUUCGAGUCGCUUACUGGCAGGGAACGCUGUGAAAGGUCAAUAGUUGUUCCAUAACACACCUUGCCUAUGAGGUUUUUGUAUCUUCAUAUUUGAUAUAAGCUAACUGGGCUUGCACAUAUAUUAGUACAUUCCUAGUUCAUACUUCAUACACCAAAACUAUAUAUGUAGAUUGUAUGCAUUAUAGUAAUUCUAUUACCAUCUGUUACCUGA